ACUUUGUUUUUGUGGCUGCUACAAACUACCAUAUGUUAAAUUGGCUGAGACUUUAUGAGAUAUUCAUUGAAAAACUAGAGCACAAUGUGCUGCAGGAUGUACCGCAAAAACAAAGCUUUGCAGUUCAAUAAACCUUUUCCAUGUUUUCCUGAUAGAACCAAUUAGGAAAUGACAUUUAUAACUUCAGAACAAAAAUUGUGUUACAUAGUGUUAUCAAAUAUGCCCCAUGUCUUAUGUCUUCUUUUCCUUGUCUAAUUUUCAGAUGGGGGUGGAGAUUAUGGAAGAAGUACUGAGAAACAAACUUUGGAAACUUACAAAUGUCAUCAUAUUAAGUGUCCAUACGUUUUUGGAACAAGGCAGAGCAAUUGCUCACUUGGAAGCAGAAAACAAAAAUCUCUGUCCCCUUGGAAGCUUAAUUAUUUUUGUGCCAACUGUAUAAAGUACAUUUCUAUUAUGGUUGUGAAACAGUGUCAUUGCUCUGGGGAAAAACAUUUGUAAAACAGAGAGGGAGAAUCACAAAUAUAUUUGCAUUUUAGUUGUCUCAGCAUGUGAGACACGUACAUCAGAUACUUUCCAUUCACAUAUUUAUUAUUGUUUUCCAAGAAGGAAAAAAAUGAUGAAAGGGAAGUAUCGAUGUAUGUGUCAUGUUCUGAUUGGUCUGUACUUGUUUAAAAUCAGCUCCUAUGCUUGAUGAGGCCCAGAAGCAACAUCUUCCUGACCAACAUGGGAUAUACUCUGCUCCUCAUCCAUGUUUUCCUUGCUAUGACUGCUUUUAGUCUAGUGGUUGAAAAAAGGCAAACUGAGGAACAUGAAGAGGACAGUGAUGACUUCCCUCCGCUAUGGAAGUCUGCACCUGGGAAUUUAGAAGAAUACUUCAUACAGGACAACAGCCUUGCUGUCAAUGCCUGGAAUUACAGAGAAAGAUUAGGAUUAUAUAAAAUUUUGCUGUCCUCCUCAGCUAAAUACUUUGUAAGUCUGGGACCAAACAACGUUGGCAAUAUCCUAUGGGGACUGCCCUUGCAGCAUGGUUGGCAAUAUAGAACAGGCAGACUAGCAGAUCCUUCGAAUGCCACAACAUGUGGUCAUGUGGAUGGAGAUGAGUUGUGCAUAUCCAUAAACAGCUGGUGGGCUUGUAUGAAUUACUACUUAUCUGUAAUUCCAUUUCUGGGGGCUGUGGAGAGUGGCUUCUUUGGAGAGCUGCCAUAUGAGAUAAAAAUGCUACCACCAGAGGAGAAGAAAGCUGACUUCUGUCACUCUGUCACUGAAUGCAAUACUCAAGUACCAGCAGUCAUGGCUGGCUGGAGGAAUUUCUUCCAGUAUCUUUUAUCCACUGCACCGAACAUGGAAAUAGCUGCAAGUAAUGCCUUCUCACAAGAUGAAGCACUAAAAUAUAUGUGGAAAGCUCAUGUCCUCUCCAUUGCUUUUGCACAGCUAAAGUUUCAAAAACGAUUACCUUUUCUCAGUGAUCCUGAAAUGAGCUUUGGUGAGGACUGGGCAUCUGCAGUUGAAUUCAUUGCUGCCACACAUUUUCCUACAGACCAGAACACGACAAACCACUUCCAGACUGGACUACCAUCUCGAAUGCUUUGGGAAGGAGACAGAGCACCUCUUAUUGCAGACUUCACACCUGUACAGAACAAAGUCUUGGUUUCUCUUGAAAAUAUUCGGAGAUCCAAUACAGGAAUGGGAGGACUUUUGUUAUCACUAUGGAAAAUUGCCAUGUCAACAGAAGAAGGAAGAAAACUUGGCCGCAGCUUCAUUGAAAGUAUGGUUUAGCACACACAUGGGAAGAUCAAGACAGUGGCCCUGCAAAAUCAUUUCUGAGGCUGUCAAGACUGCCUGGUUUACUUCCUGGUUAAAUAACGGAAUUCUGUCAGUCAACUCAGGUUGUAUCUACACUGUCAUAUAAUCCAGUUUCUGAAUCCAGUUUAUCUGCUUUGAACUGAAUUAUAUGAGUCUACACGGCCUAUAAUCCAGUUCAAAGAUGAUAAUCUGCAUUCAGAAAUUGGAUUAUAUGGUAGUGUAGAUGGGGCUUGAUGGAAGGAGAGACAAAAUUACUUUAUAACCCAAGGCCAUAGGAUAGUGCUUUAUUUUACUAGGGCUGUGUCUACACUGUAGAGUUAAUGCAACUUGGCAUCACUUUAACUGUCAUGACUAAGUAUUAUGGAAUCAUGGGAGUUCUGGUUUUACAAGGUCUUUAGCUUUCUCUGUCAAAGAAUUCUGGUACCUCAGUAAACUACAAUUCCCAUGAUUUUACAGCAUUGAGUCAUGGCCAUUACAACGGUGUCAAACUGCAUUAAUUCUGAAGGGUGCACCCUAAGAAGUAAAUCAAAUGAUGUCUGAUUUACUGUAUCUUUAAGGAUUCAAAUACUCAAUGAGACUUACGUUUUGAAUAAACAUGAAUAUGGUUACAUAUAAAGCACUGUUUGGCUUUGUAAAAUAAGAUAAAAUGAAUAAAGAAGAAUGAAAUAAAACUA